GUACUAUAACCCAUUAAACCAUAGAUAUAAUUUGAAAAUGGCUGGUGCUUUAGAAAAUGCUCGUAAGGAAAUUAAGCGUCUUUCCUUAGAUGCUGAUGAAUCCCUUUAUGGACAAAUUUAUUCUGUUUCUGGUCCAGUCGUUAUUGCUGAAAAUAUGAUUGGUUGUGCUAUGUAUGAAUUAGUUAAAGUUGGUCAUGAUAAUUUAGUUGGUGAAGUUAUUCGUAUUAAUGCUGAUAAAGCAACUAUUCAAGUUUAUGAAGAAACUGCUGGUGUAACUGUUGGUGAUCCAGUUUUAAGAACUGGUAAACCAUUAUCAGUUGAAUUAGGUCCUGGUUUAAUGGAAACUAUUUAUGAUGGGAUUCAAAGACCUUUAAAAGCAAUUAAAGAUUUAUCUCAAUCUAUUUAUAUUCCAAGAGGUGUUGAUGCUCCUGCUUUAUCAAGAACUGUUCAAUAUGAUUUUACUCCAGGAAGUUUAAAAGUUGGUGACCAUAUUACUGGUGGUGAUAUCUUUGGAUCUAUUUAUGAAAAUUCUUUAUUAAAUGAUCAUAAAAUCUUAUUGCCUCCAAGAGCUAGAGGUACUAUUACUUCUAUUGCUGAGUCUGGUUCUUAUACUGUUGAUGAUACUGUUUUAGAAGUUGAAUUUGAUGGUAAAAAACAUUCUUAUUCAAUGAUGCAUACUUGGCCUGUUAGAGUUCCAAGACCAGUUGCUGAAAAACUUUCUGCUGAUUAUCCAUUAUUAACUGGUCAAAGAGUUUUAGAUGCUUUAUUCCCUUGUGUUCAAGGUGGUACUACUUGUAUUCCAGGUGCUUUUGGUUGUGGUAAAACAGUUAUUUCUCAAUCUUUAUCUAAAUAUUCUAAUUCUGAUGUUAUUAUCUAUGUUGGAUGUUUUGCUAAAGGUACCAAAGUUUUAAUGUCUAAUGGUAAAGAUAGAAACAUUGAAGAUGUUAAUAUUGGUGAUAAAGUUUUGGGUAAAGAUGGUCUUCCAAGAGAAGUUGUUGCUUUACCAAGAGGUAGAGAACUUAUGUAUGAUGUUACUGAAAAGGCUCAACAUAAAGUUGAAUUAACUGAAGGUUCAACUUCAUACACUUGUAAUGCCACUCAUAAAUUGGUCGUUGUUACCAAUCAAAAGAUUGAUGUUAUAAAUCAUGUUGUUAGAGGUGAACAACAAACUUCUGUAACUUAUUUUGCAUUGAAUGAUCAAAAAGAAUCAAAUGGUCGUCAAUAUAAAAUGGUUGAACUUAUUACUAAAUCUUUCUCUCAUAAAACUCAAGGUCCAGAAAUUGCUAUUAGACAAGCUAAUGAAUUUAAAGAUUCACUUUCUAAUAAGAAUAUUAAUUGGACAAUUGAAGCUCGUGAUGUAGCAAAAAUGGGUUAUAAUGUUCGUCGUGCUACUAAACAAUAUUCUUCUCCAAUUUUAGUUGAAAAUAAUGUUUUAGGUUCAUUAAUUGAAAAACAUGGUUAUGAUGGUUCAAUUGCUCCAGAAGUUUCUUAUUUAUUAGGUUCAUGGGUUGGAAGUGGUCUUAAUGAUAGAUUAGCUUUCUCAAUUGAUUCUAGAGAUGAAGAAAUUAAAUCUCGUAUUAGAGAUUGUGCUGAAGUUGCUGAUUUAGAAAUUAAAGAAAUUCAACAUAGAUCAUCUCGUGAUGUUACUAUUACUUUAAAUAAAUCUGAAACUAGUGGUAAAGGUAUUCAUCGUUCUCAAAAUACUAAAGCUAAUUUAUUAUGGAGUUUAAUUAAUGAAAUUUUUGAAUCUGAUGGUAAAAAACUUUCAAAAUCAAUUCCAACUUUCUAUCGUAGUGAAGCUAUAGAAAAUCGUGAAUAUUUCAUUGCUGGUUUAGUUGAUUCAGAUGGUCAUAUUAAGAGAGAUGAACAAUCUAAAACUUGUGUUGGUGCAACCAUUAAAACUAUUUAUCCUACUGUAAGAGAUGGUCUUGUAGCUGUUGCUCGUUCUUUAGGUAUUACUACUUCUGUUUCUACUGAUGCAGCCAUUGUUGCUGGUGGUAUUAGUCAUCAAGAAUCAUAUGGAAUUCAUAUGAAGGCUUCUUCAGCUUUAGAUUCAGUUCUUUCUAAAUGUGCUGAUUCUCGUAAAAGAUCUAUUGAACCAGUUGCUGUUAGUCGUGAACCUCAACAAUUCUCUUUCUACCUUCAAGAAAAAGAAGUUGAUGAUUUCUAUGGUAUUACUCUUUCUGAAGAAUCUGAUCAUCAAUUCUUAUUAGCUAAUUCUGCUCUUGUACACAAUUGUGGUGAAAGAGGUAAUGAAAUGGCUGAAGUAUUGGAAGAAUUCCCUAACCUUUUUACUGAAAUUUCUGGUAGAAAAGAACCAAUUAUGAAGCGUACUACUUUAGUUGCUAAUACUUCUAAUAUGCCAGUCGCUGCUAGAGAAGCUUCUAUUUAUACUGGUAUUACUUUAGCUGAAUAUUUCAGAGAUCAAGGUAAGAAUGUUUCUAUGAUUGCUGAUUCAUCUUCUCGUUGGGCUGAAGCUUUAAGAGAAAUCUCUGGUAGAUUAGGUGAAAUGCCUGCCGAUCAAGGUUUCCCUGCAUAUUUGGGUGCUAAAUUAGCUUCCUUUUAUGAACGUGCUGGUAAAUCCAUUGCUCUUGGUUCUCCUGAUAGAAUUGGAUCAGUUUCUAUUGUUGCUGCUGUUUCUCCAGCUGGUGGUGAUUUCUCCGAUCCAGUUACAACUUCUACAUUAGGUAUUACUCAAGUUUUCUGGGGUUUAGAUAAAAAAUUAGCUCAAAGAAAACAUUUCCCAUCCAUUAAUACUGCUGUUUCAUAUUCUAAAUAUACUAAUGUAUUAAAUAAGUAUUAUGAUUCAAAUUAUCCUGAAUUCCCAGCAUUAAGAGAUAAAAUGAGAGAAAUCAUUUCAAAUGCCGAAGAAUUAGAACAAGUUGUUCAAUUAGUUGGUAAAUCAGCUUUAUCUGAUUCUGAUAAGAUUACUUUAGAUGUGGCUAAUUUAAUUAAAGAAGAUUUCUUACAACAAAAUGGUUACUCUACUUAUGAUGCUUUCUGUCCAAUUUGGAAAACUUUUGAUAUGAUGAGAGCUUUUAUUUCAUAUUAUGAUGAAGCUCAAAAGGCUGUUGCCAAUGGUGCUCAAUGGUCUAAAUUAUCUGAAGCAACUUCUGAUAUUAAGCAUAAAGUCUCAUCUGCCAAAUUCUUUGAACCUUCUAAAGGUGAAAGUGAAGGAAAGGCUGAAUUCAAUACAUUAUUGACUUCUAUUUCUGAAAGAUUCGCUGAAGCUUCAGAAUAGACCUUAUUUUAAGAUAAAUCUUUUAUAUUUAAUUCUGUCACAUUUUUCUAUUAAUUAUUUCAUUUUAGUUACAGUUACAAU